CAUUUCUUCAGAAAUUCCCCUCCUUUAUGCCAUCACGCUCUCUGACGAUGGAUCCCCUGAAGACAAGAAAGCGUAUAUUCGUAUUCCGCUCAAUGAGAAGACAGCGAUACUUCGCUUCAUUCUUAAAGCAGGGACAUCAGCAGCCGGAGGUCAUCCAACGCUCUGUACAAACUACCCCGUUAAAGGUGCUUUUGAUAGGCACUCAUUUCAUCCUAUACCCUUUGUCACAGACGAAAAACUAUUGGGUGCCUAUUGUGAUGUUGAAGUUAUCAACCCAGGUGUAUAUGAAUACCGCGUUGAGUACACCAAUAACACGAAAAAGCAAGUUUCAACAUCCGGGUUCAUUGUAGCCGAGCCUAGGUUAACAAUUGAGACCAAGGAUGGCAAAAAACCAUUGCCAUUGGACGCUCUUAUGGCUCUAUCAGUUGUGCCAAAGUGGAUGGGACCUGUUACAGAAUGGAAAAAGCAGUUGGAUAUGAUCCACAGCGGGGGGUAUAAUAUGAUUCAUUUUGUGCCCAUGCAAAAACGCGGUUCUUCAGACUCCCCUUAUAGUAUCAGCAACCAAUUGGCUUUCGCAGAUGACCUGUUCAACUCCAAAGACGUCAAAAAAUCCGACAAGGAAAAACUAGCCAUAGUUGAAAGCACCUUGAGACGUAUUCAAAAAGAUUAUGGUAUUUUAUGUCUAUCAGAUGUUGUGUGGAACCACACUAGCGACACCUCGCCAUUUUUGCUAGAGCACCCAGAAGCAGGUUACAAUUUACACAAUUCUCCUCAUAUUGUACCUGCGUAUGAGUUGGAUACUGCAUUUAUUGAACUGUCUGUAAACAUGGAGGAGGCGGGCUUGCCUCGCAAUAUUACGUCUGAAAGAGAUGUGGAUAUUAUCAUGUCCUACGCAGCUAAACACACCAUCCCUGCACUGAAAUUGUACGAAUACCUUGUCCUCAAUGUCACUGAGCAAAAGGAGACUUUCAAAAAGGCAUUGCUAGAGAAAAUUAAGUGUGAUCCUAGAAAGUACCUCGGGCGUCGCGAUCUUGGACACUUGUCACUCAAAGAACAGGCCGAUAUUUUGAGCGAAGAUGCUGUCAAAAAUGGCAGCCCUGGAAAGCGUUUCAAUAAAUCAGUUGACCUUUCCCACGCCCUUUCCUUUGUUUUGGCAUUGAACGGUAUUCACACGAUAGAUACUGUAGGAGGACAAGAAGACAAAUUAGUUGAGAAAUAUGGUCACAUACUGGAUGAGUAUAACUUGCCUUACUAUAAGAUUUACGACGAAAAUGUCAGUGCUGCUAUUAGCAAUAUCAAGAGCCGUCUUUCCUACACCAGAUUAGACCAGAAUGGGCCCAAGUUUGGAGAAAUCACAAAGAGUUCCCCUAUUGUUGAGAGUUACUUCACUCGUCUUCAAGACAAGGAUAAUAAGCACCCUCCUGGAAGUAUGCAGCUAGCUAACAACGGCUGGAUCUGGAAUGCCGAUCCUAUGAACGACUUUGCUGGACCCAACUCUCAGGCCUAUUUACGCCGGGAGGUCAUUAUCUGGGGUGAUUGUGUAAAGCUUCGAUAUGGAAAGUCGCCAAAAGAAAACCCAUGGUUGUGGAAUCAUAUGCGUGAAUAUACCGAGCAAGUUGCAAACAUGUUCCAGGGUAUCCGCAUUGACAAUUGUCACUCAACUCCCAUUCCGGUAGCUGAGUACCUUUUGGACGCUGCCCGCAAGAUUCAGCCCGAUCUUUACGUUCUUGCUGAGCUUUUUACCGGAUCACCAGAUACCGAUAACUUGUUCGUUUCUAGAUUGGGUAUCCAUUCACUUAUUAGAGAAGCCAUGCAAGCUUGGGAUACACACGAAUUAUCACGUCUAGUUCAUCGUCACGGAGGAAAACCUGUGGGAAGUAUGGAUGAAGAUAUGACAUGGAGGUGCGUCCCGUAUGAAAGGGAGGAGUAUGACCAGGUUUACUAUAUUCCUGUUUCUCAUGGCAGCAUGCCCCGGGCUCUCUUUAUGGAUUGCACUCACGAUAAUGAGACGCCUUUUCAAAAGAGACUUGCUGAAGACACGUUGCCAAAUGCUGCCAUUGUUGCUUUCUCCGAUUGUGCUACUGGAAGUGUAAAGGGGUAUGACGAGAUUUACCCGCGUUUAUUGGAUAUUGUUGGUGAGCACCGCCACUACUCUACAAAAAACACUAAAUAUGCCGGUAUUGUGGAAGUUAAGAGCAAGCUCCAGAAACUUCAUCUCGACAUGUCUAUUCAGGGAUACACAGAAGUACAUGUCCACCAAGAGAAUGACUACCUUCUAGUACACCGGCAGAGUCCCGGAUCCCAAGAAGGCUAUUUGCUUAUUUCGCGCACUGCAUUCCCUAACGCUUCCACCGGUAUUUCACCCAUAAGAUUACGUAAAACUCAGGCUACCUUUGUCCUUGGAGCAUCGCUAAAGAUUGACGGGCAUAAGGUUGUUGACGAAACCAUACUUUCCGGGUUACCAAGCCAUGUCGAGACCAUACCAUCCCCUGAUUUUGAGCACUACGAAGAUGAGAAAGGAAGCUAUACGCUAGUAGUCCUUCCUCAAUCCUUUACUCCCGGAUCAAUUUAUGUUCUCAAGACUUCUAUUGGAGAUGUAUACAAGAAUGCACGUGAGAUUAUUAGGACCAUGGAUGAUGCAGUUGUAAAAGAUUUGGACUUGCUUGAUUGUAAUGUAGCCUUGUACCGAUGCGAAAGCGAAGAGAUGGAUGCUACUGGUGGCGAUGGGGUUUACAACGUCUCCGGUUAUGGAAAAUUUGUAUAUGCAGGUCUUCAGGGAUUCAUGUCUGCUCUGACACCUAUUAUCAUUAACAAUGACCUUGGGCACCCUGUGUGCAACAACCUAAGAGAAGGAAAAUGGAUGCUUGAUUACGUAGUGAAUCGUUUGGAACGCCAGCAUGAACAGUAUCCUCAUCUUAAGCCACUAUCAGACUGGUUCAAUUCAAGAUUCGAUGUGGUUAAACAGAUGCCCGACUUCCUUGUGCCAAAAUACUUCGCUAUGACUAUCCAAACUGCUUACGACAAGAUUUACACCCAUGCUUUAGCUUGUAUGUCACCACUCGUUCAAAAUGGAGACCAAUUUUUGAAGCAAUUGGCUUUGUGUAGUGUCCAGAUGUAUGGCCAGGUUCCUUCAGCUGGAUUACAUCCCACUAAAUCCGGGCCUUGUCUUGCUGCUGGAUUGCCUCAUUUUACCACUGGUGCAUUCCGCACUUGGGGCCGUGAUGUAUUUAUCUCUCUUCGUGGACUUUUACUUGUUACAGGGCAAUUUGGUGCGGCCAAAAACCAUAUAGUUUCCUUUGGUAGCUCAUUGAAGCAUGGCCUAAUCCCUAAUCUUUUGGAUGCUGUACGCGUUCCUCGUUACAACGCUCGCGAUGCUGCAUGGUUCUUUAUGCAAGCUAUCCAAGACUAUUACAAUAUGGCCCCAGAUGGUCCUUCUAUUCUUACCACAAAGGUCCUUCGCCGAUUUCCAAAAGACGACCGCUUUGUACCUGUAGAAGAAGGCUACCAAUACGCGUCUACCAUUGGCGAGAUCAUGCAAGAGAUAUUACAACGCCAUGCCCAAGGCAUUCAUUUUAGAGAAUAUAACGCAGGAGAGGCUAUUGAUCGCCAGAUGAAAGACCAGGGUUUCAAUAUUGACAUUGAUGUGGAUUGGGAGACCGGCGUGUUGGUUGGUGGUAAUGAGUUUAAUUGUGGUACAUGGAUGGAUAAGAUGGGCGAGAGUGAAAGAGCUCACAAUAAAGGCUUCCCUGGCACAUCCCGUGAUGGUGCGCCUAUCGAAAUUACUGGUUUGCUUAAGAGUGCAUUACGGUUUGUCUUGGAACUUUACAAGAAAAAGGAGUUUGCGUGGACGAGUGUUCAAGUUAAUGGCAAGGCACUGUCAUACCAACAUUGGAAUGAUUUAUUGCAAAAAAACUUUGAGCGUAUUUACUAUGUUCCCAAAGAUCCUUCUGAAGACCACGCUUAUGAUAUUGACCCUCGUAUUGUCCAUCGCCGUGGAAUUUACAAAGACGUUUGGAAAGCAGCCAAGCCUUACACAGAGUAUCAGCUCCGUUGUAAUUUCCCUGUUGCCAUGACAGUUGCACCCGAACUUUUUGACGAGGAACAUGCAGCAGAAUGUCUACGCUUCACUAAGAAUAUAUUGGUUGGUCCUCUUGGUAUGUCCACUUUGGAUCCAGCAGAUCGAGAAUACCACCCCUACUAUUUUAACAGUGACGAUUCGGAUGAUUUCUUGGUUGCCAAGGGACGUAAUUACCACCAAGGACCCGAAUGGAUCUGGCCACUUGGCUACUACCUCCGUUCAGUCUAUAUUUUCAAUGCCAUGCCUCCGCAAUCUAUUGCUCGUAUUUUGCGUGCUCAUCGUGAAGAGAUUGCUACCAACCCUUGGCGCGGUUUGGCCGAGUUGACUAAUAAGAACGGAGAAAAAUGCUGGGAUUCGUGUGACACACAAGCGUGGUCAGCAUCAACUUUACUGGAUCUUUUGCAGGGCAUGAUUGAAGGAGCUUAAGAUAGUUUUGUUGUGUAGAUAAAAUAAAUAGCAUUUUGUUUUAUUUUAUUAUCCAUAAAAAUCACUUUUUGCCUAGCAGAAGAGCUCU